UUCGCAACAUAUCUGAGGCGAUCGGAAGAACUCCGGGUAUUUGACUAAAUACACCAACUUCUCAAUGAUUCAGGAUUAGUAAUAAUUACAAUGGCUGAGUGUAAGGAAGGAGAUGAUGAAUAUUCAGUAUGGCCGAUCCAUGACAGAGACUCUCUACUUCACCAAGCAGCAUACAUCGGCCAUCUUAAGAAACUACAGAACUGUCUGCAGGAUAAAAAGUUUCUGAAAAUGAUAAAUAGUAAAAACCGACUUGGGUGUACGCCGUUACGUCUUGCUGCCACGAAAGGAAAUACAGAAUGUGUGAAGUGUUUGUUAAAGCAUGGUGCAAAAGUAGAUAUACCAGAUAUGAAAGCGCAGACUCCACUAUUCAUGGCUGUACAAAACAACCAAGUUGAGUGCGUCAAACUACUACUUGAAGCAAAGGCAAAUUACAACGGUGACAGCUCACACUUGUGCACUCCGCUUUACAUUGCAGCAAUGCGAGGAUCUCUAGAAUGUAUCAAAUCACUGCUGUCACACGGUGCUGACGCUAACUCAUCGCAGAUUGUAGCGGGUUCUUUCAAUAGCACUCCACUCUAUAUUAGUUUCACCUACCAUCAUUAUGAAUGCUUUAAAUGGUUGCUGUGUACGGGUGCAGAUCCAAACUUUGGUCUGCGUAAAUACAUGCCACAUACAACAAUAACAACCCCAACCCUCUUUAACGUUGCUGUGCGUAGGAGAGAUAAAGUCUGGAUACAAUUGCUUGUUGAUUUCAAUGCCUGUAUGGAUCUCAACGAUGACAAUCUACGAAAACUUCACAAUUAUUGUGACAAUGAAAAAGAUUUUAUUGAGUACCUUCGUCAAAUUAUCUAUUCACCACGUUUAUUGCAGUCGCAGUGCCGAUUACUAAUCAGAAAUACCAUUGGAAAGAAUCGUUUUCAUUUGAUUGAUAGAUUACCGCUGCCAACCAAACUCAUUGACUAUCUGUUGUAUAAUGAAUGGUGACUCAAACUGAACAGAGAAAUUGUAAUUGGUCAACAAUCUAAAUCAAUUCUUGGUAUGGUAAAAUCUGUAUUAGAAGUCGCUGCUUCUAUCAAAAUGUUACAAUGCACAGAGGGGAUGUAGUUUCUAUUAAAACAUCUAUACAUAUGAGAAAUGGUAAAUUUUUUGUUCUCAAUUAUUCAUAAAGAAUUGGUGCGCCAUCUAUUAGGGAUGUGACUUCUAAUACAGAUUUUACAGGGUUACUACAGAUUUACAAAAAAAAUGUAAUUGUUGC